AACGCGAAUCAACGUGUACGCACGAUUACAACUAAAGGAACUGUUUGUGAUAAAAAGACAGUGUAUUAAAUUUUUUUUAAAUACUGAUUAUCUAAAUUAUUGAUUAUCGUGUGUGGCUUCUGUAUAAAAACUGCAGUGUGACUUUUAAUAAAAGUAUUUUUUUUUUAAUUAAUUGCCAAUUGGAAUAUUAGGAAUCGAUGGUAAAGUGACUUAAUACAAAAUGUUUAUAAAUCAACCAGAUGAUUAUUAAAAAUGUCCCGUUUAAAUAGACAGACUGUUGAAAUAAAUCGUAGAUUAUUUAAAAAUGGACUUGACAACGCGUCGUGGGGAAGAUGGGAUUGGACAGACGGUUGUAUGCAACGGUACGGAGGUGUGCCGUGACACAGUGAAUGGUUCGCAAGGAUGUGAGGUGACAGGGAUGAUAGGAGACACAGCGCCCCCGCAGAGAAAAACCAACUCAUUCAGUAUACGGAAUUUAGUCGGCGCCGAGGAUUCCGAUCGAAGUGCCGACGGCAAUGCAAAUUCUAACGAAGAUUACUAUCCUCAAGAAGCAUAUCAGAAGUACAACGUAAUGGGAGUGUCCGAGGUACAUAAAGACGACUCUCCACGAACUACUCCAGAGUUAUCCCGUGCUGAUCAAUCUCCAGCAUCAGAGCGUCCACCUCCAGGAUCAGCUGACAGCGAUGAUGCUUACGAGUUUACCCCGAAGAGGAAGCAAAGGAGAUAUAGAACGACCUUCACUAGUUUCCAACUUGAGGAACUAGAGAAAGCUUUCUCAAGGACGCAUUACCCUGAUGUAUUUACAAGAGAGGAACUUGCAAUGAAGAUUGGACUAACAGAAGCAAGAAUACAGGUUUGGUUCCAAAACCGUCGCGCGAAAUGGCGGAAGCAGGAAAAAGUGGGUCCUCAAGCGCACCCUUACAACCCGUACUUAGGGGCAGCCGGGGCACCCCCGCCCUCCGUCGUAGCCUCAAUGCCCAACCCCUUCUCACAACUCGGCUUCGGAUUCCGGAAACCAUUUGAUACGAAUGCACUGGCUUCAUUUAGAUACGGAGGAGGGCCAGUACUAAGUCCGCAGUACCUCGGUGCACCCUUGCCGAGACCGCCGCUAUUCAGUGCCCCUAUCUACACCACCAGUCCACCCUUCCAUUCCCUCCUCGCCGGGCUAGCACCCCCUCCGCGACAAUCCCCCGACCCUCCUCCCGUCUCUCCACCAAUCUCCCCCGGAAGUGAGUCCCCACCCGCGCAGACUGGUCCAGAAGUAGAAAGAAGGAGUUCCAGUAUCGCCGCGUUAAGAAUGGCGGCGAGAGAACAUGAGUUACGAUUAGAAAUGCUGCGACAGAGACAUCAUACAGACUUGAUUAGUUGAGCUUUUUACCAUUUUUGUUUACCGUAAUUUCAUGACACUUUUACACUAUAGCUAUCUCUCUUCUUUUCAUACGGAAUGAGGGAUGGCAAUAUUGUCGUAAUAAGGAUUACGACAAAGUUUUAUUCAUACUUAUUAACUAUUGGAUGUAUUCCAACCAACGAACACAUAUGAUUCCAUCAAUUUAAUUUUUAAUGAGCGUACUGUGAAAAAGUAUUAAGAGUUUAAAUUAUAAUUUUAAUAAAAAUAUGUUACUUUAGAAAUAAAU